UGUGAGUCAGCAAGGCACGCUACUUCAGACAAGGAAAUGAAAUAAAUUUCCAAACUUUAAUUAAUCGAAGUGAGAAAAAAUUGGUGAGUUUUUACAAAUUAAUUCCAUUGCUAAUUCCGGAUUGGAUUUUAAUUUGUGGCUCCAAGAUUUACACAAUUUCCAAACUACUCACUUAAAUGGAAGGCUUCGUUAUACUUAUAAUUAAAUUAUAAUCAAUUGUUAAAAUUCAAAACACCAGUUUAGUGAAACUAAUCCUCCAGUUAAUGACGCCGUUAAAUUAUUGGGAUCGAGAAUUUUCCAAAUAAUGGCAGUCAACUUAAUCCAACCUCCGGAUGGUGUUUUUCGAGCCAAAUUCAACACGGACUCGGAUACUCGGCCGGUUAUCUUGAAUUAUGUGGAUCGUUGUUCCGUCGAGUCAUUAAUAAUCAUUUUUUAUAGUUUUAAUUUUCAUGAAAAUAUUAAGUAUGUAUGUAUGUGAAAUUAUUUUAUGUCGAUUUCCAUGCAAGUUUUUAGUAUGCAGUGUAAUGUGAGAAUGUUUAGCGGAUUUUAUGAAUUUGUUCUCGAAUGUUCGAUUCUAUUUUUAGAACAUUCUUUCUUUGUCUUUGGGCAGUUCGAGCCCGCAGUUUUUAGAAGUAAGCUUUUGUCUGUGUGCGAGUAAGCACGUAUAUUCGUAUAGAAUCUCUGGUACUGUACACAUCAUUCCUCUCCGGUUUAAUAGUGUCAGUUGAAUAAAUACCGUAAUUUGGUAUGAUAAAUGUUUGGUCAACCUAGUGCAAUAAUUUACAACUAUUAGCACUACUCUGAGUUAUCGCGAGAAUCACGACCGCACAAUCGUCAAAAGUACACCAUUGGCGAUACGUACACCUCGUGGGAGACGCAAGGCGAAUUUAUCUUCUUCAGGACGAAGGGCAUCACGUGGAACUGGAGUUUCGGGUUGGAAAUCUUAUGCGAUCUUGGCUCGUAUUGGGUCAAACCUGUCAAUGGGAACGGAAUCGGAAUUUUAAAAAACGGCGUAAAACUAAAUGACAAAAUGAAGCUAAAUUUUGGCGACAUAUUCACCGUGACGAAGCUCCGCAACGAUAUUUCUGGUGGACUUGCCAUCUUUACGUUUGAGCGACGGAGCUACCCUGAGAAUUGGGAAGCCUCUGAUAAGAUUAGUACCGCCGACACCACCAGUGCUGCUGGAUCAAACGUCACACAUUUCACACUGGAUCGAAAUCACUUGAUUUUCUCCAAAAUUAUGUCCUAUCUCUCCGUCCGAAGUUUAAAGAACGCUCGACUAGUUUCUCGAAAGUGGAAAAAACAAGUGACUCCCAUCCUGCGAAAGAAAUCCGCUCUAACUUUUGAUGAUCCACGUGCUCCCAACGCUUCUCGGAAAUUUUUGCGCUACGUUCAUGACAUAAAAAAGGUGACAAAAUGGCCCCACUGGAAGAUAAGCUUUCCAGCCCUUCCAGCCAAAGGGAACGACAAGGAAAAUUGGAGAAAUAAGUAUGUCACCGAUCUGAACUGGUUUCUACAGCCGAAGAGGGACCCCCUCAUUAAAACCCUUUCCUUAAAAGGGGCACCGACUUUAUCCUUAAAAGAGAACAUCAAAUCCAACCACGAUUACAGGUUAUAUCUCGGCACCGUUUCUCAAUUAAAAGACACCUUGGAAGAAUUAUGUCUUGAUGUCAGUAUGCGAAUUUGGAAGAACGAUGGCACCGAGAAGAAAUACUAUUCAACUCGGCCAGACCUACGUUUCAACAAAUUGCAGAAAUUUUCUCUAGUGCUGGAUGAUCUCUGCGAAUUAAAUCUGGACACGGUGACCGCUAACUGGAUGGAAACUUGGGCUGACGCGAUUACCCGGGUGAUCUCCUUGUCCAUUGUGGGCGCUCGUUUCCUGGGGACAAGAUUUGUCCAAGAGUUGGGAACAACGGGAACUGCGCGGUAUCAAAAUUUGAGAGAAAUCCUGAUAACUUGCAAGCCAGAGGAUGCCAUCAAUUUUCUCAUUGGGGUGAACCAGCCUCUGACGAAGGUGACGUUGACGUUACCCUUGCAAAAUCGACAUCUUCCCGAAUUUGAGAAUUUGCUCAAGAAAUUCGCCCCAUCCUUGGAACUGCUUGACUUUCGUGUCGCCACGGAUGGAAUGGAAGAAAAGUCGCGUUUCGUCCUGCAUCUGCCAUGUUUUCCUAAAUUGAAAAGCUUAGAUUUUCAUUUUGGAACUUUCAAAGAUACGCCGUACUACACUGGACCGGAUUGUGUGGAUUGUCGUGUCAAAAACGUGGCAAGGGUAGGCCUCGAAUUUCCUCCACGUGACCAUGUCAAUAAUGGUAUCGACUAUGGACGCCACCUUCCCGAGAUUCGUUCCAUCGUCGUGACGCCAUACAUGGAGGACGAAGAUGUUGAUGGGGAUGAAGACGAUUUUUGGGAAACGUACAGCGAUCUGAUGGACAGUCUAGUUCCCCUGGAAAAAGGACAAUGUUGUAAAACUCUGAAAAAUUUCGAUAUUUUGAGGCGUAAUAUUGAACCUGAAACGAAAUAUCGUCAAGCUUCCCGACUCCAGGGAAUAUUUCCAAAUGUUAGGAACGAGUGGAUGGACAGAUUGAGGGGGAAAAUUGAUAAUUAAAGGAGCGAUUGUAUUGAUACAUUUGAAGUUACUUUUAUUUAAGGAGUUAGUUAAUACUAAAUAUAUUUACCUCUGUGAAGUGGAGUUACAUGUAUAUAUGUCAAAUAUUUA